AUGGAAGGCCAUUUCGUACUAUCCAAGGCAGGGUAUCGUGUAAUCUCGUUCGGAACCGGAUCUGCUGUUCGUCUCCCAGGCCCAUCCGUAGACAAGCCCAAUAUAUACGCAUUCGGCACACCAUACAAUGACAUCUAUGAAGAGCUGCACUCGAAGGACCCUCGACUAUACACAGCUAAUGGGCUGCUGCAGAUGUUGGAUCGUAAUCGGAAAAUAAAGCUAGCACCUGAGCGGUGGCAGGAAAGUCGGGCAAUUGCGGAUAUCGUGAUCACCUGCGAAGAGCGAUGUUUCGAUGCCGUCUGUGAUGACUUGAUGUCUCGAGGAGGCGACCUCAAUCGUGUAGUCCACAUUGUGAAUGUCGAGAUCAAGGAUAAUCACGAAGAAGCCCUGAUAGCUGGGAAGGCCAUGAUUGAUUUGGCGGCAGCGAUCGAAGCUUCAAACGACAUCGACGAAGACAUCGAUAAGAUCUUACAAUCUCAACAAGACAAGCAUCCUCACAGUCUCCUUCAUGCUGUGGCUUACUAUUGA